GCCCAAUCAGGAUUCGCGCGUGUUUGAUUCAAACUUUCCCCCUCGCGGGGGUUGCAUAGUGUGUCGGCCGGUCGCCGUGGAAACGGGCCGAUGAGUACUCUUCUGUCGUGGCGGCCGAUGGAGCCUCGACUGGUGGGGCCUGGGCCCUACCGCGCCACCCGGCUGUGGAAUGAGACUAUUGAGCUCUUCCGAGGUGGGAUGCCUUUACGGAAGCACCGCUGUCGCUUCAAAAGCUAUGAGCGCUGCUUCACAGCUUCAGAGGCCGUUGACUGGCUACAAAGACUGCUGCAGCACAAUCAAAAUUUCAGCCCAGAAGUGACCCGCACCCAAACAGUUCAGCUCCUCAAAAAGUUCCUGAGAAACCAUGUUAUCGAAGAUAUCAAAGGAAGAUGGGGAAAAGAGGAUUUUGAAGACAAUGGUCACUUAUAUAGAUUUCCUCCUUUCUCGCCACUGAAACCAUAUCCCAAACGAUCCCCAUACCGAAAGGAAGUUGUCAAAUUCCCAAACUGGAAUGAUUUUGAAAGAGAUUCUUUCCGAGAACAGAUCCCAGGGAAGCCCCUCCUGUUGAAUUCUGAAAUGUGGUUCAAACGUCACAGUAUUGCAAUUGGAGAAGUAGGAACGUGCAAACUCGUACAUCGCCGACAAUUAACAGAGUCAAAUCUAGAAGAUAUAUGGAGAUCCAUGACUCUAUCGCACUUGCAAAAGACUUUAGGCUUGGAUUCUCUGAAUGACAUGCUGGACAUUAAACUUGUGAAUCCAAAGCAUAUAAUUCAGAAUGUGUAUAAUGUCAACAAGCAGGGGGUUGUCAUCCUAGAAGAUAAAUCAAAGGAGCUGCCUCACUGGGUGCUGUCAGCAAUGAAGUGUCUGGCAAGUUGGCCCAGGUGUCCAGAUCUGAAACAACCGACAUACUCAGGAUUUGAAAGAGAUGUAUUCAGAACCAUAGCAGAUUACUAUGGCCACAUGAACGAGCCUCUUCUCACUUUCCAGUUUUUUGAUCUCUUCGUCAAUGUGCUAGGUCUCCUGCAGCAAGAGAAGCUGGCCAUUGAAGCUCUGCGGGUUUGCUGCCUCCUCCUUCCGCCAGCGAACCGCCGAAAGCUGCAGCUGCUGAUGACUCUGUUGGCCAGGAUUGGCUCAAAUAAAGAUCUGCCGCCCCUCUCGGACACAGUCGGGACGAGAACGCUGAUGGUUCAGUCCUUUUCUCGCUGUAUUCUUUGCUCCAAGGACGAUGUGGACUUGGAUGAACUUCUGGCUGCUAAACUGGUGUCAUUCUUGAUGGACAAACAUCAAGAGAUCUUAAGCGUACCUUGUGCCCUGAAAGCUAAAAUAGAGGAGCAUGUAGCGCAUCUCCAAAGGGUCCAGAUAAAAUAUCCAGGAGCUGAUGCAGAUUCAACCUUGCCUGCACCGUCGUUCUGUCAUCAGAUCAGCGCAGAUGAGUUUGAACACCAAAUAACAAAUGGCUGCCAAGAACCGUUGGUAGGUUUGUUGGAAGAAAUUGUGAUGAAUCGGGAGAUGUCCAUCAAGGAGAAGAAGAAAAAGUUGAAGCAGUUUCAGAAAUCCUAUCCUGAGGUGUACAAGGAGCGAUUUCCUACUCCUGAAAGUGAAGCAGUUCUGUUUCCAGAAAAAUGCAAACAGAGACCAAUGCUGUUGGGGUGGGCAUUUAAAAAGCCUUUCCAGCCUUUUCAAAGAACAAGAAGCUUACGGAUGUAAGACUCUGAAUGAACUGCAUCUCAUUAAUGACCAGAUUUGUGAAUCUGGUACAGCUGGGAUUUCGUUGACUACUGAAAUCACAUUGAACGAGGGAAAAGAAUUCUGGGCAGCCAACUGCUGUGCUGAGCCAUUAUCAGUAUUUCUCUUUUGUAAAUCUACUCAGUUGGAGCCAGACUUAGCUAUGUUUAAAGUCGACUCAUGGAAAACAAGGGGACAAAUUAGUCAUGAUUUCAAUAGGCCUAUGGUAAUGACUAAAGUCUGAAUCCAAUCCUUUGUGUUUCUUUUUUUAAACAAUGAGCUGGUUUGAUGAUCAUAUCUCAACAACAUAAGAUUGCAACAGGCUUUUUAUCUGUGCAUACUGUCCCUUUUGGUCCUCCCUUCAAAUGAGCUAUAACCAAACAAGGAAGCCUAAGUAACCAUAGUUUUCCAUUUUAUCUGAACUGGGGAGCUGUGGAACUUCGGAAGAGGCCAGGAUCUUAAACUAGGGUUUGAAGUUCGCUCAAUAUCCUGGCUGUUUUCAAUGAUGGUUAAUUAAAGACUCCCUGCUUUAAUGACACAAAGGAGGAAGAGUGAAGGGGUUGUGUUCAUGGGAUAAACACUCAUUUAUAUAUCAGUUACUAUUUGGAGUGAGCUGGUUGACAUGACACUAAGCCAAACCAUGCCUUAGCAUGAGCUCAUGUGUAUGAGGGUUCCCGGAGAGAAAAACUGACCGCUGUCCUUCUCUGGGGAAGCUGCUGCUGCUGCUACUCUGCUCUGAGCAUGGCAUGAUUUAGUGUGUCAUCUGAACCCAGGUUCAUGGUUUGUCUCCUCUAGGCAAACCACGAGCUGGAAACUUAAGAAGAAGCAUUGAGUGGUUUGCCUGGAGUGCAAUGGCAGCAAUCUCUCUGGAAACCUUUCUGCUUACGUAUAUAUUUUGUGCUAAACUUUGGAAAGCCUUAAAAGAAGCCUAAACUACUUUGUAUAUAGGCAAUGUCGCAUUUCUGAAGGGUGUAAAGUACUGUAAUUACUUGAAUGAACCUGAAACACUGGAUAAUUGUACUAGCUGUAGAUCAGAUAGUUAAUUAAACUUUGUACUACUGAUUUCAACAA